CGCAAAAUGGCGGCACCGGGCUGCGAUGCUCGGGGGUUGCGGGGUCCUUUCGUAUCCGCGUCCCGGAGGGGCCCCGGGCGGGCCGGGCCCGAUACCGGCCUUCUCCGCAAGGGCGCGGCCGCUGGUCACUGCACCCCGCUUCGUUCCUGGGGCGGCUGAGGACGGCGGGCCGGGGUUGGGGUGGUUCCUGCCGUGCUUCAGGCCCGCAGGGACCUCCGGGGCCUCUGCCCGGCCGGCUGCGCCUUCCCCGGGAGGCUGCGGGCGGGCGGCUCGCGUUCCCCAUGGGCCGGCCGUGGAGAGGCUUUCCCGGGCACCGCUCCGCUGGAGCGGGCACGGACACGCUGUUCCGAGCGCAGCCCUCCCUUGUCAGCAAUUCAGCCUCCAUUGUUCGCAUCCGCAGUUAAACCCACCCUGAUGUGUAUGCGUGGUCUAACGCACAGUGAGUUUGGUUCCGGGCGCUCUUUCGAUGUACUGAGUCUGCCUCGGAAGGGGCCCUGGCGCGGCGCUCGAGUCUCACCCGAGCAGGCAUCCCAGGGAAGGAUGCUCAGAGCUGAAGGGAGUGCGCUGCGCCGGUUCAGGGAAACAGUGGCCUGCUAUAUGCUUGAGGUCGUGUUCUGGAUAAAGCUCCUCCAGUUCCGGUGCUCGGUUGUCGGUCGGUGAUUGUCUUCUCCGAUUGAGAAACGUUAGUUAAGGUUAUUAAUGGGCCGAGUGAUCCAGGCUUUUCAGGUGAGGGUGCAGAAGAGUGUUUGUUGGGUCCUUUGGAUGUAUGUAAUUUCUCAGGAGAGCUGAGUGAGAUAUAAUCUGCUGUGAUUGUGAUAUUUGUUGUCAAAUUCCCAGUGCCAGUCAUAGAUUUCAGUUUCUUUGCCUAAAGUGUUGGUAGUCAUAACUUACUGCUUACCUUUGGGAGUGAAGACAGGAGAAAAACCUUAAGACUACUGUAAACAGUACUGGUUUGGAAACUUAAAUUUUAGAUUAAGACAGAGGCAGUGCUUAAGCAAGUCCUUGCUUUUUGAUGAGUUAUUUUCAUCAGUUAAGUUUCUUUUUUUGUCUUUGUAAUUUGAACAGAUUUAGUAAAGAGUGUUUUGGUUGGCUAUAUAGCAGUAUAUGAAGAGAACAGUCAAUAGCUUUUUAAUUCGAAAUAGUGGAACUCUUCAACAUUCUGCCAUAUUAGGUGUGUGUUUGUACUUAAGUACUAGUGUGAUUUGCUAAAUGAAUUCUGCCAGUCAAUAUACAGUAAAUAAUUUGUUGUGGCUGAUACUUUGGAAAUCUUAUGUCAAGUUGUGCUUUUUUUUUUUUUUUUUCCCUGGGUUUUUUGGUGUUUUGUUUUUUUUUUUUUUGUUGUUGUUGUUAUUAAUAUACUACUCAAACUGCCAACAAAAUAGUUGUUAUGCUGUGUGCAAGCAGUCCUUUGUUCCUUAAUAUUUUUUAAUUUACAGUUUCUUUUUAUUGGUAGAGUUCAACUGUAUCAGUGUGUGUCUAUGUGUAUAUAGACAAUAUUAUAUAUAUUAGUUGUUAUAGGUGACUGAGGCCAAAGUUGUUUGAGGUGCAAUUACUUGUGUUCCACUGUUACAAAGUGCAGUUAUAUGAAUAAAACUGCUAAAAAAUGAAGUUUGAUCUUGGCUAGAUCUGCCAACUGGACACAGUAAUAAAGGUGUGAGAAUUUAGUUAAGAAAUCUCUAUCACCAGUCUGUUGACAGGACAUUACUGUGGUGAUGAUAGCAACAACUGUUAUUAUUAGUAUCAAAAUAUGUCACCUCACAAAGCAUCUUUUAGACAACUGUAAAAUUGCAAGAGUUCAAAUGACAUAGUUACGCUUAUCACAAUGUGGAAAGAUUAAAUAUCAGAGUACAUGGCUUUUUAACAGCUGUGAUUUUAGAGCGUUUCACAAUUCAUAGUUGAAAAUUUUACAGUAAAUUAAAAAAGACUGGAAAUUAAUUUUGCAUUUUUUGCACUGCACAUUGCUCUUUCUGUCAUCACCUCUCUGUACCUCUUCAUUUUUUCAUGAAUCCUAUUCUGAAAACUUCCUUAAGAAUUACGGAAGUUGAGAUUAAUAAAAUGUAAGUCUUUCUUUAAGUUAUCUUUUGGGGGCUUGAGAAACUAUCAGUAAUUCUGUAUAUAAUCUACAGGUGUGUAUCACAGAUUGAGUGCAAUAACUGGAAUUUCUCUGUUCUUGUUGUUUUACAAAAAUACACCGGAAACUCAAGGAAUUUGGUCUUAAAUAUCUGAGCAAAGCUGGAUCCAGAACGUCUUCUCACAAACAACCAAGUAAUGUGGUGAAUAAAACACAGAGUUGGUGAUCUGUGGCAGGCAAAAUAAAGAGUAAAUAACUGCAAUUCCUAGAGAAGGCUCCAGACUGCCAGCUUGUGGUGAAUGUAGCAGCACUGGUGUGGUGAUGGUCUAAAGAUACAGAUUUUCCAUACCAGUUGAAGUCUGAAGUGUAAGUAUGUGAAAGAACAUAGUCAUUUAGGAAGACCGAUAAUUAGGAAAAUCUUCAAGGCAUCCUGACAGGAAGAACCGAAAACUUUGGUUAUGUAACUAAAGAAGAGUAUUUUUUUUUUCUUCCAUUUACGCAUUUAUAGUCUUAUCUGUUUUAGAUAGUGUGAAUAAACAUCUUUAUUUGCAUGGUUAACUGAACCUGGCAUGAAUUAAAAGUGAUAUGAUAUAAGUGAAUAUUAAAAUGUAAUUUCUCACUUCAGUCCCUGGAACAAACUGCAAGUAUCUGACUCUCUAUUAUAUUUUGUAGAAUAGCAGAAAUCUAGGAGACCAUGCUUCCAAAUAAAUUGUUCGGGUUCUCUGGAAAAUAGGUAUUACAGGUUCAGAGAAGGAAGACACAUCACUUAUGUAACUGUAAGUAACCAUCUCUUUGUCAUUCUCUCUACUGGGAUGUACCUUGAACUUGGAAGGCUCUCAGGAAGGCUAUAGCAAGUGCCUAAGACCAGUUGGAAACAAAAUUAAAUUCUUAUAUCUCAUCUUACUGUGACAGAGCUUUUAAAUAUGCCUUAAAUACACCUAUUUCAAUAUGUUAUUAGCCAAAUGUAGAUGUUUAGUGCUGCAGACAGAGUUUUGUGGUCCCAGGGUCUCUCCAGUCACUGGGCUGUUCAUCUUAAUCUAGUUUUAUUGCUUCCUUCCUUCCAUUUCUUUCUUGGUAGUAAACAUAAUGUUGAGACUGCAGUGAUGAUGUGAUUUAGUUCUGUCUUUUUGCAUUUGUAUACAUUUGGAAACACUAAACAUUGAUAAUAACAAUGCAGUUAGUAGUAUUGAUGCUAUUACCUUUUUUUAGCAAAAUUAAGCAGCUAAUAUUUAUCUCCAAACAUAUUCUGGUAAGCUUUUUUUCACUCAAACCUCUGGCUUUACCUCUAGUAGCUCUGCAUCAGCAAUGCAUUUUCCUUAUGAAGUUAUGAAGAAUAAAACUACAUCAAGAGAUAGCAGUUCUUAAAUAAAGCACAGAGAAUUGCAGAUUUUCAUAUGCACUGAGGUAAUACAUUUAAUAAAAUUACCUCCUUUCCUCUUUGUAUAGACUCCAGCCUAUUUCAGGAGCCUAUCUAGGCUCCUUAAUGAUCAAAACCUUAAAAUAGAGGUCAAAAGUACUAGAUCUGGAUGUCCAAUUUAGUGUCUGUUCAGUAUCUAUCACAAGCGAUAUGGUUGCUAAGAACUUGUAACAUAGGAAAGUACUUAUAUAGUUCAGUGGGUUCUUUGCUCUCCUCAUCAGGUGCCAGGGUGCUCAGGAAAUAAGGGAUUAGCAAUCACACAGUAGUUAGGAGCAAGCAUUCACUGCUGAAACCACGGUGCCCUUGUGCAUUUAUAUUACCUCAUUUGUUACAAACACAACUCUUUUAUCUGUAUCAUCCUCAUUGUAGCAUAUCAGAGGCAUAUGUGGCUGAUUUUUGACUUGGAGUUGAGCAUAUAAUAGCAUGCUGACAUACUUGCUCUUUAUGUAAAGUGAGCAUGGUGCUGGAGUAUGUCUUUCAGGAGUGGUCAGUUUGAAGUUCCUAUUCCAGCAUUUUUAUUUGGCCUAUGGAGAUUUUGUCUACAUUACAAAGCCAUCAGUUUCAGAACUGAUUUAUAUAUACAUGAGUUUGGAAGUUCUCUUUAUUAGACAGGGUCAGGCAUUGGCUGGGGCAGUAGCAAGUCUGGAACAAAGAAAGUGUGGGGCUCAUUACUGCUUGUUAAAUUAUGCACAAAAGUUGGGUUCCUCUGAACAGAGGAAGCUACAGGCCAUGUUGGUUGCUCUUGGUGGUUCAGGCUGUUUUGUGGAUGUCAUGUGUUGAGUCUUGCUUCUGACUUAUUUUUCACUUUUUUUCUUCCCAGAUUUUAAUGUCACCUUGUAGUCCUUCCCCAUAUAAACGAGGAGGCAUGGUUUUAAUUCUGAAUGAGCCCAUCUAUUUUUAAAUUUCUUCUGUGACAAAUGACUAGGGAUUCUAACAGUUGAACUUCCUCCAUUGCAAACCAUUUUAAUCAUCUGCAGACCAGGUUUGUCCUCUAGAAUGAAUGAGGAAGAGAUAGUAAAAUAAUUAAAACUGGAUUUGGGUCUUAUUGCUAAUUAAAUUUUAACUGAAUUAUACCUUAUAAGGCUGAAGUAUUAACUCAUUGUAAACAUUGGAGAUUGUUUCUUAGAGAUACAUGUUUGUGAGUGAGCUAACUAGAAAAAUAACCCCUCAGAGCUUAUACCUCAUCUUGUAUUAUAUUUGCAAGUUUUUUAACUGACAGGAAUUGAGAAUAGAGAAGUCACUCUAAGGGUUUCAAUAAAUAAAAUAAACUUUAUAUAUAAUUAAACUUUAUGAAGGCAGUCUUUGCUUGGAUGAAUGCUGUGUAAAGAAUCCUUUCCAGUGUAGAGGAGAAGAUCAAGGAGUAGGAAAGGGAGAUGGUAAAAAUGUAUUUGCAUAAUAUUGUUUAUAUGGGUUAUGCUAUCCUAAGAAUUUACGUCAUUUAUCACAAACUCGGGUAUCUUCUGAAAUCUGAACCUGAUCAGGAGAACAACCACAGAAACUGAAAGAAAUUGUAUAUCUCACAAAUCAUUGUGUAUCAGAUAUAGGUAUGGAACACACUUUGUUUUCCCUUUGCUAUGGCUGCAUUUCACAAAACUAUUCAGUUCAAAUACAUUUUUUUUUUUGCAUUGACUUUCUAUGAAUUCUGUCUUAUAUCGGCUACUGAAGUUUCCUCAGUGUGUCUUGCAAAAAAAAAAAAGGUCAAAAUCCAAAGUAGAUUGUCUAACCACACUGUUUUGUAAUUCUUUGCUGUGUAAGUACGAUAUUUUUAGAACAUUUUGCAUAGCAGUUACUGUUUUGCUUUUUGAUUCCUACCAUUACCAUUGACAUUCUGUCUUUGCCCAUAACUUGGCUCAGUUAGUUAUGCUGUGUGAAUUGACUGACACUCCAAUUCUAAAUAUGCAGCUGCUUUUGUAAGCUAAACUAAUGAUGGCUAAUGACUGAAAUGGGGAUGCUGAAGGGGCACUCCCAAAUCCUGGAUUUACUUUACUGCUGCUCUUUUGUGCUGGUAAUCAUUUUCAUCUGAUCAUGCUGGGAGGCUCUCCUGGGAGCUAAACAGAAAAUUGGUGACUUGUUUAUGAAGGGGUUGUUCUGAUGGCAGUUAUCCUGUGGCAGGAAUAGCUUCCCACAAAGACCUUUGCAGGGGGAGUUACUAUGCAGAACAUAAUAAAGGUGCCAAACUGUAAACACUAGAAAUUGAAUAAUUAAUACCAAAGAGACAAUGAUGAAAGAGAAGGAGAAUAUUAUUUUCUUGAUUAUGGCUCUGUCUACUCAUUUGGAAACAGCAAUAUCAUUAUACAAUAACUCUGUUCCAAGGGUUUGUUCUUGAUAAAAUAGUCUGUAAAGUAGUAGAUGGUAGUUAUGUUGUUUGGUAGACCUGCAGGUCAGUACAUGGGCAAGCUCUGUGCUUGUGUUGCAGCAUGCUGUAAUUUGCGUGUGGAAUUUUGGUUUUGUAUUAUUGAAGCAUAGUUUACAUAUGUUUUCAUAUACAUCCUAAUUGUGAAGUUUGGUUUUGCAUCUUUGCAAUGUCCAGAGGAGUGAGGUCAGUCCUCACCUUCCACCAUGCGACUGUUAGGAGCACAUUUUGUAGAGACCAUCUUAAGCUGCAAAAUCCUAAAGGUAUGAUGUUAAAGGAUUCAAUAUAGUAGAUAAGUAAAGCAGGCUGUACGUUUCCCUGUCAGUUGUGUAUCUCAGCAAAGUACUUUGUGUAUUUCUGUCAGCAAGUGACAGGAUGCAUACCUCUUCUUGCAGUAGGUGACCCCAAGCAUUAGUUCCACCAAAUGCUUAAAUGGAAAUGAAGUAAGGACCUUUGCAUAGCAGCUUUACUACUUGAAGACCACUCUGUCAAAUGAUCUUCAAGCUUAUCUAUAGAUAACAUUGCAUAGGCCUGCUUAGCAGGUGCAGCUCACAGAGGUAUUUCUUAGCAAGCACCCUGAUCAAAUGUGACUUCUGGUGGAGCUCCAAUGAUAAAAGGUCUUUAGACCUUCAUAAGUACCAUAAAAGGCACUGGCACAGCUCCCAGUCUGUUUCUGAACUUGUGUUUUGGUGAAGACUGUUUGGAUCAACAUGAACUGUUCUGAAGGGUCAGACUAAAUGGUCUUACCAAUUUAUUAACAAUUUAUUAACUUUGGCUGUGAGUGUGAGAAAGGUGCUAUGUGCAGGAAGUAAGAGUUACGGAGGCUGUACAAAACAAAAAAUCCUUGAUUCCAUAGCAGUUGGUGAACAUUAUGUACACCAAUAUUAUUUAAUUUUUAUUUGUCCUAAUACAGCUAAAACUUCGUGAUCAGAGGAUUGAGAAGGAAAAUCCAGACAAUUCUUCCUAACUAGAGAAUAAGGAAUAUGUUCAGUAAACAAAUAGGAAUAAAAUGAACCAACAUUUCUAUUAUAUAUUUUAUGCUAAAAAUUUGGUCUUCAUUCUGGGAUGUUCAUCUAGGAUUUUGGACCAUUCAGUCUACUAUGACAAUGAUAACUAGGAGAUGGAUCAGUGAUACAUGUAUUUUUCAGUAAAUACAAAAAUUUGCAAAGCACCCAGAAGAUGCAGAUUGAUCCAUUUUCACAGACUGAAAAUAAACAACUGAAAUUUUGUCAGCACACUGCUGUAACAUGUUUGUUGAUAAGGUUACAGCAUCUUUUCCACAGUGAAUGCUGUUCUGACUUCUGUGAGGUUUGGGAACCACCUUUCUUUUGUGAACUUGCAAAUCAUGCCCACAAGUAUUCUGCCAGUGCCACAUAUGAUGACUGAUGAAGUAAGUGAGAUCUUAAAAGCAUUCUUAAUUAGGAUGAGAGGACCAUGGCAAUGUUGUAUCGCAUAGAUGAGGGUGAAGGUGUAAAUUGUAUACUGCAGAAGCCAAACUUGAAAACUUACUGGUGAUACAUUACCUUCAGGCAUCACACAGAAGUAUCACAUGCAAGGUUAGGCACAUUUGUCAUCAUCACAGGAAGAAGACCCACACAUGUAUAUUAUGGCAGUCCAAAACCUUUCUCGAAAUGCAUAUUCUUGCAGGUUCUAAGGAGGGUGUGGAGUGAUUUCUAAUUCGUUCUUGUCCCUUCACCAGCCAGCUGCCCAGGCCAGGAGAGGGAUACAAAGUUGCGUCCAAAUGAUUCUGAUGAGAAGUCAACGCUAGUGGAGGUGAAAGCUGGUAGGCAGAAGAUCCUUGUUCUGUGAAGUUUUCCAUGCAGAGUAAACAUUACCAAAUGAGGAGAAAAGGAAGAUGUCAUCGAGUAUCGGCAGCAAGGCAUUCUUCUUCGCCAUGCAGUAUUAAGCACUCCCCGACACGAGAAACCUUGACAUAUGCUCAAGCUCAAAGGAUGGUUGAAAUAGAAAUUGAAGGUCGCCUGCAUAGGAUCAGUAUCUUUGAUCCUUUAGAAAUUAUAUUAGAAGAUGAUCUUACUGCCCAGGAAAUGAGUGAAUGCAACAGCAAUAAAGAAAAUAGUGAAAGACCACCAGUUUGUCUAAGAAGCAAGCGCCAUAAAAAUAACAAAGUAAAAAAGAAAAAUGAAGCCCUUCCGAGCUCACAUGGUAUACCUGCUACAACAGCUCCUCUUCCAGAACCAAAAGUACGGAUUGUUGAAUACAGUCCCCCUUCAGCUCCUCGGAGACCUCCAAUUUAUUACAAAUUCAUUGAGAAGUCAGCAGAAGAACUUGAUAAUGAAGUUGAGUAUGACAUGGAUGAGGAAGAUUAUGCGUGGUUAGAACUGAUAAAUGAUAAGCGGAAAAGUGAUGGAGUGUCAGUUGUUUCACAAAAUAUGUUUGAAUUCCUUAUGGAUAGGUUUGAAAAGGAGUCUUAUUGUGAGAACCAAAAACAGGGUGAUCAUCAGUCUUUAAUUGAUGAAGAUGCAGUGUGUUGUAUAUGCAUGGAUGGUGAAUGUCAGAACAGCAAUGUGAUCCUGUUUUGUGAUAUGUGUAAUUUAGCAGUACAUCAGGAAUGCUAUGGGGUGCCAUAUAUACCUGAGGGCCAGUGGCUCUGCAGACACUGUUUGCAGUCCCGCUCUCGGCCUGUAGACUGUGUGCUGUGCCCAAACAAGGGAGGUGCCUUUAAAAAGACAGAUGAUGAUCGUUGGGGACACGUGGUGUGUGCUCUGUGGAUUCCAGAAGUUGGAUUUGCCAAUACUGUUUUUAUUGAGCCAAUUGAUGGUGUCAGGAACAUUCCCCCAGCCAGAUGGAAGUUAACGUGCUACCUCUGUAAACAGAAAGGUGUUGGUGCCUGCAUCCAGUGCCACAAAGCAAACUGCUAUACCGCAUUCCAUGUGACGUGUGCUCAAAAGGCUGGUCUAUAUAUGAAAAUGGAACCUGUGAAAGAGCUAACUGGCAGUGGAACAACGUUCUCUGUGAAAAAGACUGCCUACUGCGAUGUACAUACUCCACCAGGUUGCACACGGAGACCACUCAACAUUUAUGGAGAAGCUGAAAUCAAAAACGGUGUUUGUAGAAAGGAGGGAUCAGUCAGAACUGCUAGGUCUACAUCAAAAAUCAGAAAAAAGACUAAAAAAAACAAGAAAACAGUGGUUGAACCUUGUACAGUUAUGCCAACAGUAUCUGCUCCUUAUAUCCCACCCCAGAGAUUAAAUAAGAUUAUGAAUCAGGUGGCCAUUCAGCGAAAGAAGCAUUUUGUUGAACGCGUGCACAGUUACUGGUUGCUUAAAAGACUGUCUAGGAACGGUGUCCCACUGUUGAGAAGGCUGCAAUCCAGUUUACAGUCACAAAGAAACACACAACAGAGAGAAGAUGAUGAAGAAAUGCAAGCCUUAAAAGAAAAAUUGAAGUACUGGCAAAGGCUGCGCCAUGAUCUUGAAAGAGCACGUUUAUUGAUAGAACUUAUACGUAAGCGUGAAAAAUUAAAAAGAGAACAGGUCAAGAUUGAGCAGGUUACUAUGGAACUUCAGCUUAUUCCAUUCACUGUACUUCUGCGAUCGGUUCUGGAUCAGCUACAGGAAAAGGAUUCUGCUCGUAUAUUUGCUCAGCCAGUGAACCUUAAAGAGGUUCCAGACUAUUUGGAUCAUAUUAAACAUCCUAUGGAUUUCUCUACCAUGAGGAAACGGUUAGAAGCUCAAGGCUAUAGAAACCUCGCUGAGUUUGAAGAAGACUUCAAUCUGAUCAUAGAUAACUGUAUGAAAUACAAUGCGAAAGAUACAAUAUUCUAUAGAGCUGCAGUGCGGUUAAGAGAUCAAGGAGGUGUAGUUCUCAGGCAAGCCAGGCGAGAUGCUGAAGGAAUUGGUUAUAACAAUGAAACUGGAAUGCACUUAUCAGAACGGCCUAAACUUGAGUCACCCCAACCUUUCUCUUGGGAAGAUGUGGAUAGGUUACUGAAUCCUGCAAACAGAGCACAUAUGUCCUUGGAAGAACAGCUGAGAGAGCUGCUAGAAAAACUUGAUCUUACCUGUGCUAUGAAAUCCAGUGGGUCAAGGAGCAAAAGAGCAAAGCUGUUAAAGAAAGAAAUCAGCAUUAUUCGCAACAAACUCAGUCAGCAGCACAACCAAGCUCCUCAAAUAGAAUCAGGUAUUGGAAGUUUUGAAGAAGAAAGUGCAGCAUUAGAACAAGACGGAGAAGAAGAAGGAGAUAAAUCUCCCCCUAAACUUGAACCAUCAGAUGCAUUACCUCUUCCUUCAAACUUGGAGACUAAUUCAGAACCACCAACCCUCAAACCAGUAGAACUCAAUCCAGAGCAGAGUAAGCUUUACAAAAGAGUAAAAUUUGAUAAUGAAUUAUAUAGCACUUCCAUUCAGAAAGAAAUAAAUGGACACACUCCAGAACACUUACUUGACAGUAAUCUCAAUGAGUCGACUGUUUCUGCUGUAGCUGAGUCAUCAACUGAUGUAAACAGACGUACAUCCAUUCUCUUCUGCAAAUCGAAAAGUAUAAGCCCCCAAAAGUCUGCAAAGAACACUGAAACCCAGCCAACUUCUCCACAGCUAGGGACCAAAACCUUUUUGUCUGUAGUCCUUCCAAGGUUGGAGACACUUCUGCACCCAAGGAAAAGAUCAAGGAGUGCAUGUGGAGAUUCUGAGGUUGAUGAUGAGUCCCCUGUAAAGCGCUUGGAUACAGGUCUAUCAAAUGGGUUUGGAGAUGAAAGUAAAGAGAGAGCAUUAGAUGAUACUCCAGGACGAAAAGUUGAACCUCGUCGCCGCUGUGCAUCAGAAUCUAGUAUUUCAUCUAGUAACAGUCUCUUGUGUAACUCAAGUUUCAGUCUACCGAAGUGUGGUAAAGGUAAACCUGCCCUGAUACGGAGACAUACACUGGAAGAUCGAAGUGAAUUGAUAUCAUGCAUUGAAAAUGGAAACUAUGCCAAAGCAGCAAGAAUUGCAGCUGAAGUUGGGCAUAGCAGUAUGUGGAUUUCAACUGAUGCUGCAACAUCUGUUCUUGAGCCUCUAAAAGUAGUAUGGGCCAAAUGCAGUGGAUAUCCCUCUUACCCAGCUCUGAUUAUUGACCCUAAGAUGCCUCGUGUUGCUGGCCAUCACAACGGUGUUACCAUACCAGUGCCCCCUCUAGAUGUACUGAAAAUUGGAGAACAAAUGCAGACCAAAUCAGAUGAGAAACUAUUCCUAGUACUAUUUUUUGACAAUAAAAGAAGUUGGCAGUGGCUUCCCAAAUCCAAAAUGGUUCCCCUUGGGAUAGAUGAGACCAUAGACAAGUUAAAAAUGAUGGAAGGACGUAACUCGAGCAUACGAAAAGCAGUAAGAAUUGCUUUUGAUCGUGCUAUGAAUCACCUGAGUCGAGUCCAUGGAGAACCAGUCAGUGACUUCAGUGAUAUUGACUAACAGAGAUUCUCUAGCAAGGCAUGAAGAAUACCACAGGGACUUGAACUCUACUAAUGAACCUCUUUGUCUAAAAGAAUGUAUUGAAGAUACAACCCCUUAAUUGUUGAUUCAGUGGCUGAGUUCUGCAAACUUGAAAUAGUUGAGCAAUUCUUCUAAAUCACCAUUGCCAUAUAUUGAUUAAUUAUUUUAUUGUGUUGUAGAUUGGAGGAUUUUCCACUAAACUUGUUAAAAUGUCUUGUUCAUAGUGUUCAUAAUUGUACAUAAAUGUAUAUUCAACACUUAACUUAUUCUGAUUUUAGAAGUAGCUCCUUAAUUCCUUUUAUAAUUUUGCUGGGGAGGGAUUUGGUUGUUGUUUUUUUUCCACGCUUUUUACCUUUUUUUGUUUUUUUUUUCUUUCUUUCUGAGGUUAAGUUACCUAAGCACCAUCUUCCAGCUUUAGGUGUUUAGUGGAUCUUAAAGCCUAAUAUCAAAACGGCAUCAAAUAUAAGUUUGCCUAAAUCAUAUACAUGUAUGGUGCUGCUUGUAUCAUUUCUUCCUUGGUCUGUAGCUUCUGAAAAAGACUUCUGAAUGUUUGUGUAAAUUGUUGCUCUUUGCACAAAGUACCACAUAUUUAAGAUUGAUGUAAAUUUACAAUUACAAAUAUGUAUUUUAAGAAAGAAAGUUGCAUUAUUUUGGAGGGUACUUUGUGAGAAAGACAUCAAUAAAAAUUAUACUAUGUACAUCACUUGCAAAUCACCAAAAACACUCCAUUGUUGCCCAAAAUGAGUUAAGGUUGUUAUUGUUUUAAACAAACCUGGCUUAAAGCCUGCAAGCACAUUAUUUCUUUCAAAACCAUAUCCCAUUUAUCUCCCAUUGGUUUAAUUUUGUUGAUAUGUGUGCCUCCCUGUGUUUUAUUUAUUGUAGAAAAUGUAUUAAUUUGCUUUAUAAUGAAAAAUAAAAUUGACAAAUAUAUUGAUAUGCAUUUUUAUACAGGCACAUGAGAAGACAACUUGCUUUGGGAGAAAAAAUGUAUUGGAAAUUGUAUAAAAUAACUUGAUGGUUUGUGUGUAAUUCGGUUUUUUGGUAACUUGUAAUCUUUUGUUUCCAAUGAGGGGAUUUAUGUAACUUUUAAUUUAGAACACUUUGGUAGCAAUAGAAACUUUGGAUACAUUUUUGUAUGGUACAUGUGAUGUAUAUAGAAUUAGUACUUUAUUUUUAUUUUUAAGAAGUAAAGCAUUAUGUUUGGGCUGGGGGAAGAAGGAGGGUGGGUUUCCAGAACUGCAUUUUUAUAUUAAAAAGAAAAAAAAAUAAAGUCAAGAUAUUGAUUGUUGUAGCUACUUUAUUCCUACCUUCACUGAGAUACUGAAUUUGUAACAAUGAAAAUGGCAAGGUAUGUUUGCAAUGUGAUUUAUAAUGGCUCCAUUAUUUAUAAAUGCACUGUGUUUGAACUCUUUUGCAGUGAUAUCGUAAAUACUGUACCAAGUUAUAUAAUAUGAAACACCAAAUAAUGCAUAUGAAUGCACGAAGUAUUUAUGCCCAGCUUUUUUAUAAAGGAUUAGCAAAUACAGCAAAACCAAUACUUUUUAAAUCUUUUUUUUAAAACUUCAUUGAAUAGCAUACUUCAUUGUUAAACCUGCUUGAAUCUUUAUUUUAAAGGGACAAUUACUUUUUAAAUAGUUUUUAAUGUUUUUAUUCUCUAUUGUUUGUAAUACCCCCGUAGAAGCUUGAAAUAAAAUUUCUUUCUCAACUGUAAAUUUUGU